UUGUUGUCAGACGGCGACUGUUAAUUAUUCGAGCUAACUGAACAGCUAAACUGGAUCCAUUUUAUAGGAGGAAAAUCUAAAAGAAAAACAUGUUUAAGAUUAUUAGUAUUACGUUCUGACGUGGCUGAAUCAUCCCGAAAGUGGGAUUUGUAGAAGACUGAGUCGAAGGAGUCAGCAGCUAUCAAAAAGGAAGUUUGACAGAGCGAGGGGAGUCCACAUGUCGUCUGCAGCAGAGACGGUGGAAAAUGCCUCCAUCAUUUCAGAGAGUGUGGCCCAUGACGGAAACCGCUUAUGGAUAGGCAACAUCGAUCCCAAAAUCACAGAGUAUCACCUGGUGAAGCUGUUGGAGAAGUUUGGCAAAGUGAAACAAUUUGACUUCCUGUUCCAUAAGUCUGGGCCUUUAGAGGGACAGCCGCGAGGCUACUGCUUUGUCAACUUCAGCACCAGAGAGGAAGCAGAAAGGGCGAUCCAGUGUUUAAAUGGGAAGCUAGCUUUGUCCAAGAAGCUGGUUGUGCGCUGGGCACACGCACAGGUGAGGAGGUUUGAAGGUUUCCGUAAUGACAAGACAAUGCCUCCGAGCCUGGAGCCGUCAUGCAGUGGCGCAGCAGAGGAAGGACCUGUAACAACCAAUCACCUCAGUACGAGUGCUAAGAUCCGUGCCAUCGAGGCCAAGCUCCAGAUGAUGGAGGAGAAUCCAGACGAUGACUACUCAGGCCCGUCGGCCUACGUUUACAACAAACCACCAGAGAGGAAACGCUGGGAGCCCUACUCUAAAUCACACCACAAUAACCAGAGCAGGCCCUUCCGCAAGUUUAGGAGAUGACCCCAUCCUCCCCGCUCAUUCUGGAGGCCUCCCUCCACUCCUUUACCACACCUUAUGCCCCCCACCUACACACAAACAGACUCUACACUAGACUUUAUCUGGGAAUACAAGAUUUUUGAUUUUUGCUCAAAAUACUUUCACAACCUGGACUCUUUUGAGGAGUAAUCACAGCAAUCAUGGACAAGUAUAUAAAGUGUUUUUUAGUUAUUUUGGGUUACAGUAUCAGUUACUAUUUAGUCUACAGUAAGGCCCAUACCUGAGUGUUGUGCAGGUUGGAUAUCUCAUCGGUCUGCUUUCUCACUUUUGCAGAGAGUAAUGCAGGUAAAACACUCAGCUAUGAGUCAUGUGAUGCACUGUCCCUAUAAGAAAAGAGAAAUGUUAUUAUAAAGGAGUCUAAAUGCUGAUCAUC